GUCCAACGGUACUCGAAGGAGAGAUUCGUCCGGCUUUACUCUUCUUCCCUUUCGUCGUGCUCCAAUGCCAUGCCUCUACCGCCAUACAAGGGGCCUUUUAGGGUCGGAGCGAUCGACCUGGAGAUACCAGUGCGAGAGUCCAGAGCCUUCGCUACCGACGUCGUGAGCCCCGAUGCCAUCAAUCCCCCCGCGAAGCACAAGAGGUCAAAGGCAGGUAGGAUAAAGGCAGAGCCCCAUAGACUCCACCCGAGAGAUCGAGAGGGUCAGCAGACCACGACUGCCUCUCCCGAGUCGAGUAGCGGCAGUACAUCAGCUCGAGCACCAGCUUCGCAAGAAGACGAUGGCGAAGAUGAGGACGCGGCAUCCAAGCUGGCAUCUUGGUCGCCCUUUCACCACGGCAGCAAGACUUCUACCUUGUACCUGUCCACCGUCCUCUUCACCCUCUUCUACCCCACUUCUCUAGACGAAGAGGCAGCAAAGGAAUAUCGGAAGGUAGCCUGGAUCGGUCGGCCCAAAAGGAGGGGUACAGCGGCGAUGGUCGACUAUCUUGGCCAAUACGGCCUCGCGGGGCCCUUCGCGGCUAUACCCGCAUCGCCCGCACUCCUAUCGCUAUUGGCAGCCAAGGCACCAGCCUAUGGCGGGGCUCCUCUUGCGGACACCGCAAGUGCAGCCGCACCUCCCUUUCCCGUCGUCGUCUUCUCGCACGGUCUGGCCGGGUCCCGUCUGGCCUACUCGCAAUACUGUGGGGAGCUAGCCUCGCAUGGCAUCAUCGUCGCCGCUGUCGAGCAUCGCGACGGCUCGGGUCUCACCUCCGUCGUGCGUCCACCGCUAGAUCCAGGGUUCGGGGCUACCCAAAAAGAGGAACUGCAGCGGCCCAAGCAUCAGCCUGACGAGGGCAAAGAGAAGAAGAAUAAAGCCAGGCGACAUCAUCCCAAGGCCAUCGUGCCUUACUUUGACUUUAGCACCAUCGGGCUGCGCUCAUUUCCUACGGAGCCCACCGGUAAGGAGAUAGGAAUGAGGCAUGCCCAACUGGCCAUGAGGAUCGCAGAGCUCGACGAGUGUCUCGAUAUACUGCAGAGAAUCGCAAGGGGCGAAGGGGACCAAGUUGCCGCUGAGAGCACCAGGACUAUGACGACGAAGCUUUGUGGGAGAUACAGAAUGGGAAAGCCGCCCAGAGACGGUCUCAUUGUUGACCCCUCUCGACUGAAAGACUGGAAGGGCAAAUUAGAAAUUGAACAUCCAGCCCUGAUUGGACAUUCUUUUGGCGGAGCCACGGUCAUCGAAUACCUCAAAGGCUCAUCCCCUCGCUUUCCGUACGGCGUCGCGCUCGACCCCUGGGUCGAACCCAUCACCACAUCCAACUCUUCUAGCCACAGGCCUCUGCAGGCACCAGUCUACGUCAUCAACUCCGAGUCCUUCACCAUUUGGUCCGAACAUUUCUCCAAGGUCAAGGCCCUCGUAAAGGAUCUUCAGCCAGGGUCAGGGAAAAGCGAGGAGGACGCGCCGAAAGGGUGGAUCAUCACCCUUGCUGGGGCUGAGCACUUGUCCUUCUCCGACUACCCAAGCUUGCUACCCAAGGUGUUCAGAUCGACGGUCACUCCUGCAAAGUGCAUCGAGAUCUACAGUCGAGCUACGCUUACGCAGAUGGAGCUGCUGGGCAAGAGACUCAAGGCCUACAAAGCUGGAGGCGCAGGCGAAUCGCAAAGAGAUCAAGCCGGCGAGGAGCAGAAAGAUGAAUCACAUGCGAGAGCUGAUCAUUCCGAGCUGGACGCUGAUGGACCAGCGAAGUCAAGCUCUCCAGAGCCUCUUGUGGGCGUGAUCCGGGAAAGGACCACGACUGAGCCGGAAAUUAAGGAGAAGUCCACCACUAGCCGCGAAGAGGGGUCCACUUCUAGAGCGGAUGAUGCAGAAAUAUCUUCUCCUGGAGCCCCUCACGAGCCGAUCGAACCUAGCUCGCCAUUCAGCAACGAGAAUCUUCACGGGACGACAGAGUCCGUCGACUAUCCUCAAGCCGACGCCAAUGUCUAUCGCGGUCAACUGGAAGCGAUCGAGAAGGCUCCCUCUUCCUCCGAAGCGGGCGGGCACACUCGUCGCGAGCACCUCCUUCACGCCAAGGACGCCGCCGCUGCACGUCUAAUGGAGCGCCGUCAGGAGCACAAGUUCCGUCGUGAGGAGCACGAGCAGAAGAAGGACGACGAAAAGGUGCGCAAGAAGAAGGGAAGAGAAGUUAGAGGUGUCAUUGCCCGAAGGACACCCAGUGGAGGAAUGACCUCACUGCCCCGCGCAUCGGAUAUGCAGCGAGACUAUACGCUCGACCCGGAGCACCUCCUGCCCUCGCACAAGCGUCACCCUGAUCAGCCCGAGGGACCUCAUCCAGCGGAAGAUGUAGCCCUGGUAGUGGAGUCUGUACGCCCACUUGCGGACGAUCAGAAGCACAAGAGCUACAGAAAGUUGAGGUCGAUUUCGGCAUUGUUGUAUCGGACUUAUGGGAUGAGACCUGGGAUUGAGAGACCGGGAUCGAUUUUGAUACAUGAGAAUUAAGUAGCUGCUAGAGCACGGUUGUAGGAGAAAGUGGAGCGAUGAGCUAUCUAGAUGUGUAAUGUCAGGUCAGAUAUGAGGCGAUAUAGAUGCGAUAUAGAAGAUAGACAGAUGGUCACGGCGUUGUACUAGGUCAAUUCCGCCUUCUUUGCGGCUGUAUUUCUACAAUG